CGUUCCUCACGAGUUGCGAGUACCUUACCGCGACUUGCCGGUGAAACAUUUGUCGAGUGGGUUUUGUUUUCAUAAUUCAAAUUAAAAAUUUGACUUUAUUUCUGUGUAACAAUUGUUUCUACGAAUAAAAAUGUUUUGCGACUCUAACUUUAAAGUUGCUGACUUGUCAUUGGCGGAAUGGGGACGAAAGGAAAUUAAUUUGGCGGAGAAGGAAAUGCCCGGUCUCAUGGCCAUAAGAAAGAAAUACGGUCCAGAAAAAAUUUUGAAAGGUGCACGAAUUGCUGGCUGCUUACAUAUGACAGUUCAGACUGCCGUUCUCAUCGAAACUCUCGUUGAACUUGGGGCUGAGGUUCAAUGGUCCUCGUGUAAUAUAUUCAGCACGCAAGAUCAUGCAGCAGCAGCUAUUGCAAAAACGGGGGUUCCCGUGUAUGCUUGGAAGGGCGAAACCGACGAAGAAUAUCUCUGGUGUAUAGAGCAGACUCUCAUAUUCAAAGAUGGGAAACCAUUGAACAUGAUUCUUGACGAUGGUGGUGAUUUGACCAACUUCGUGCACACCAAAUUCCCAGAAUAUUUGAAGGAAUGCCGUGGUAUUUCCGAGGAGACAACAACCGGAGUUCACAAUCUAUAUCGCAUGAUGAAAGAAGGCACUUUGAAAGUUCCUGCUAUAAAUGUGAACGACUCAGUAACGAAGAGUAAGUUCGACAAUCUUUAUGGCUGUAGAGAAUCGUUAAUCGAUGGUAUCAAACGAGCGACGGAUAUCAUGAUUGCUGGAAAAGUCUGUGUGGUCGCUGGAUACGGAGAUGUUGGAAAAGGUUGCGCUCAAAGUCUUAGAGCACUCGGUGGACGUGUGAUAAUCACGGAGAUUGAUCCUAUUAACGCGCUUCAAGCUGCCAUGGAAGGAUACGAGGUAUCGACAAUGGAAGAAGCGUCGGUCAAAGGACAAAUUUAUGUUACCACUACCGGUUGUAAAGACAUCAUAGUGGGUGACCAUUUUCUAAAUAUGCCGGAAGAUGCUAUAAUCUGCAACAUUGGUCAUUUCGACUGCGAAAUUGACGUUGCAUGGCUUGAGAAGAACGCGGUUGAAAAAGUGAACAUUAAAUCACAAGUAGACAGAUAUCAAUUGAAGAACGGCAGGCAUAUUAUUCUCCUCGCAAAGGGUCGAUUAGUUAAUCUUGGAUGCGCCACAGGACAUUCCAGUUUUGUAAUGAGCAACUCGUUCACAAAUCAAGUAUUAGCGCAAAUAGAAUUGUGGACCAAACCUGGGUCUUAUCCAAUCGGAGUUCAUAUGUUGCCGAAGAAGUUGGAUGAAGAAGUCGCUGCGUUGCAUUUAAAUCACGUUGGUGUAAAAUUGACGAAAUUGACAGAGGAACAAGCGAAAUAUCUUGAUGUACCUAGAGAAGGACCUUAUAAAGCUGAUUAUUAUCGAUACUAGUUAUUAAUUAAAUUCAGAGGCUUAUAUGUACUUUUUUUUCAUGACGAAUAAUAAAAACAUCACAACAAUCGUGUUUUGGUUUAAAUUGUCAACUAUUGAUUUUCAUAGUUAUUCAUUUAUUGAUUUUAAUCCCAAUUUUCUAACGUUUUGUUUAAAUAAUUAUAUCAAAACAUUACGGAAGAGACUGUAUAGUAUUGUAAUUUAUAAAAUUUGUUAGAAACAAUUGUUGUUUUUUAAGUAAAACUAUCUUGUAUGAUAA